CUUGAGUCCAAGUAUUUUCCAGCACAAUAAAACUUCCAUAAAUAUCAUAUCCCUUUCUUUCUCUCUCUAUAUAUAUUUCACUCUUCAUAGCUUCUCACAUAACAUAUCUAAACAAAAAAGAAAAAAAGAUAGAAAAAUAUGGACAAUGGUUCAAGUUUACCUUGGGAAUACAUCACAUUAAUCAAUGAGCUAACUCAAGGAAUGGAAAAAGCUAAGCAGCUCCAUUUUCAUCUGUGCUCGACAUCUCCACCCGAAGAACAAGACUUUCUGCUGCAGAGGAUAUUAUCGUCUUACGAGAAGGCCCUGUCUAUUCUAGAAUGGAAUGGAUCACCAACCUGGCAGGCCCAAAUCCCGACACUUGGCAGGCCCGAUUCAUCGGUUUCGACAGACGGGAGCCCGAUAAGCGAGGAUUUGAGUAAGACUUCGAGGGAUCAUCAAGAUUUAACUGCAACAAAGAAGAGAAAACUUCAGCCUACGUGGACAGAGCAAGUGAGGAUCGACUCUGUGACCGGGCUUGACGGGCCAAGUGACGAUGGGUUCGGUUGGAGAAAGUAUGGGCAGAAGGACAUUUUAGGAGCUAAAUAUCCCAGGAGUUACUAUAGGUGCACUUAUCGGCACGCACAAAACUGUUGGGCCGCAAAGCAAGUCCAACGGUCAGACAACGAUCCGAACAUGUUUGAAAUCACGUACAAAGGGGCCCACACGUGCAAUCAGUCCUUGCUCAACCAAACACAACAACACACCUCACAAAACCACCUGCAAGAAUUAGAACAGAACAACCAAAUGCUUUCGAACUUCAAAGCUAAUCUCCGAGUGGCUACGGACAAUUUGGACAACAUAGAUAAUAACAAAUACGAGGGAAGUUACGAUUUAUCCGUAGGCUUUCUAAUUGGAGAAGAUUAUUUGGGGCCCAGUUACUUUUCACCUGUGUCGACUUGUCAAGCUGUGCAAGGCUUUGGGGGAGAUUAUUAUGAUUAUCAAAAUAAGGAAUUGGUAACAGAAUCGAGUUUUUCCGAGAUCGUGUCGACAAGUGCUUCCACGACUAACUCGCCAAUCGGAAGUAUGGAGUUUCGAGCCGAGUUGUUCGGGUUGGACCCGAAUUUCCCAUUCAACUGAAGUUGGAAUAUAGAGUUGAGAUUCAUCUGUAUGUAUAAUGUUAAGAGUUUCAUCUGGAUGAAUAAGGAUGUAAUGUACCUGAUUUUUGUUAUGAUGUUCGAUGAGAUAACGGUUAAAAGCCUAAUCAAACCUCAUACAAUGUUGAAAUAAAAUCGUGAAAAUCUUUGCAAACAAGAGAUGAAUCCUUUUUAACAGUUCAAACAUGGCAAAACUGAUCCAAAUAAGUAUCACAAAAGCGAAAUCAUCGACUAAUAGAAAGACAUAAUUUUGUGAUGUGCAGUGUUUGAUUCAGAUAACUAGCUAAGAUAUCUUGCUAAAUAAUGCUUACCAUAAAAUCAUGCCAAAUGGAUGUGUUAUGCAAAAGCAGAAAAAUAGCAGUAGCUAGUGAAAGUGCAUAUAUUACAG